AUGCGUUUCGACCUUCAAACCCUCUUUCUCUCCGCGCUCGCCGUUACCACAGUCUCGUCCACCCCCAUAGACGAGCCCACCAUGGUGGAAAGAUGUGCCACGACCUGCAGCCAAUACUGCUCACCCCGGCCAGCAACUCUAGAGCAACAGCGAGAAAUCUUCGCCAAGUUCGUCGCAACCGCCAUCGGCCAACGCGACUUCUACAGGGCGUACAAAACGUUCGCGGCCGACGAUGUUAUCCAGCAUAACCCUGCCAUCAUGUCGGGACUGCAAAAUACUCUGGACUUCUUCAACUCGCAGCCUAACCUCGCCAGCACAAAAUACACCAUCAUUAACACCAACUUUGGCGACAACCACAUUGGGUACUUCCACUACCGUGUAGACAUUGCCCCUGACGAGGAGCCUUUCGCUGUAGUGGACUUUUACCGCUUCAAUGGAACAUGUAUCCAAGAGCAUUGGGACGUGGUCCAGCAGUAUGACGUUAACUCGCCUAAUCCACUGGCUCUGUUUUGA